AUGGAGGGUGAGGGAGCAGGGGUGGGGUACCGUCAGACCCAGAAACUGGCCACUCUUGUCAGGGACUUGGGCUCUGGGGGAGGCAGACAGGGUAAGCACCUAGGGAGCUGUUUCUCGUACACCGGAAUGACAACAGCCACUGUCACUAAACUCAGUAACCUCAUCACAAGCAAAACAACCCCCAGCCUUCCCCAGACCCAGUGGGGUCCCUCUCCAGACACACCCCUUAUACCUCUCUGCCUCCUUUCCCUCUCCAUUCCAGCUACAGCAGUUCUAACAUUACUCAAACACAUCGGCUCCAUCCUCUCUUGGGAACACUCCUGUUUCCAGUGUUUGAUUCCUUCCCUUCAGUUCCUCCUUGCUCACCCCCACCUGGCAUUUAGCACAACUUACAAUUAUUUUAUCUUCACGCCAUUCUUUUACUUUCCACUUGCUCUCUUGCUGGGAGCACGGAUGGAUCCAAGCCACUUGGCUGUGUCCCAGUGCCUUGCACACAGCAGCUGCUCAAAAAAUGCCUGCGUGAACACAGCAUAA